AUGGGCGACAGCAGCAGCAGCGGCGGCGCCGUGCUGGAGGUGGAGCUGACGGGGUCGGAGGCGUCCGGUGGGCCCGGCCUCCGCCUCACCUUCCACACCACCACGCCCACGCCCUCGCAGAUGAGCGCCUCCAACUCCUUCAAGUUCCUCGUGGAGAACGGCGGCGCCGUGCGCGUGGGCGUCGACCCCUGCGGCGCCGCCAGCUUCUCGCGCAGCGAUCUGCCGCCUGGGCAAGUCCUCUGGCAAGAGACCUGUGAAUCCUGCUGUCGCCAAACUGCUCGCAGCUCCGAAAUCUGCUCCAUCUCGCACGCAUCCGAUAAGAAAACCAGCAGGACAUCGGAGAGCACGUGCGAUUGCUCCUCGCGCUGUAUCAGCGAGGCCACCACCGCCACAGACUGCACCUCGGAGACCGUCAUCAGGAUAGCGGAGCCGAAGUGCCUUUUAGGUUUAGCGGCCGAAAGGGCGACGGACGUUGCGGUCCAAGUUGACACUGAUGCAAAGGAACUAACCGUGGAGAAUAAGUUAUCGGACCCGACGGUAGAGCAGAGAGCUCAAGCAGUUAUGGACGACCUCCUCAAGAUGAGAACGAUAGUGAGCAAUGAGAUCCAUGCAGAGGCAAGAGACGAUUUCCACAUACCCAACAGAACACUUUCAACAGAACACGUAGAGAGCCCGCAAGAGCAGCAGUCGCUGUUGGGGUCCGUCGUGGAGGAAGUGGAGACGGCGUCGGACGCGGACACGUUGACUGCAGUUGAGCAGGAAGAAGUCGAAGCCGCGAGCGCGACCGCGGACGCUUCUCUGGAGGCACACGCGGGCGACAGCGUCGAGACGAUGGCAGAUAUCUCCGAAAUCGAGGCGUGCGUCAUCGACCUGCAGCACAGCAAGGAGUCAAAAGCGGCGACGUUGGUGGAGGAAGGACCUCGCGCACCGGAAAACAAGGAGACCGAUUCCGGUGCGGGAUGCGGGACCGAUCUGGCCAAGGGCGCGGGGGUGGCGGUGGCAACGUCGGCGGCGGCGGCGGGGGCGGCGGAGGAGGCGGCGGGAGUCAAAGGAAGCUGCGAACACGAAACCGACGUGGAGGUGGAGAUCCAGGCGCAAGACGUGGACGCGGGCAGCCGGUCCCUGUUAGACUCGCAGGGGAGUGCACAAGUGGAGAGCUCCUCAAAGCCGAACGUGGAAGUAAAGACCUCGCAGGGGCAGUGCGAGGCGCCGCCGUCGGCGCUGGCGUCGCGCGCGCGGGCGCUGGGCAAGAUCCUGCCGGGGGUGGUCGCGUGGCGCUGCGAGGGCCGCUCCGCGGGCCACCUGCAGAUCUCCAAGUGGAACAUCACCGAGGACGGCCAGCUCGUGCUCACCUGCCCCAAAGUCGCCAUCACCAAGCGGGACAGUCACUCCUCGCAGGAUUCGCAGUGCUCCGAAAAGCCUCUGGCGACACAAAACAAACGUAGCCAAGAAUCUUCGGAAGCAAAGAAACCACCUGCAAAUGCGUCCACCAAUCGAGUGCAGCAGGCUCCACCGCAGAACAAAACCACGAACAACACCAACCGAGCGCAACAGCGGCCACCCGCCCAAUCCGACUCUCAGAAUGCGAAUCGUGGGAAGCGGCGUGUUCAAACUGGGCCGGACAACUCUCGGUGCAACCAGCAACCUCAGCGCGCCAACGUGCAGAGCAAACAGUACGUGACUACCGGCAACCAGCGCACGCAACAGCCGGCAGCGGCAGGUGCGCAACGUAGGCAACAGUCCCCCGCUGCAGGUGCCCAUGAAAGCCAACAGUCGCCGAGUGCGGGCGUCCAGCGAAAGGUACUGUCGCCUAGUCCAGGCGCCCCUCGGCGGCAGAUUUCCCCGAGUGUAGGCAGUCACAGUAGACAGCAAUCCCCAAGAGUGGGCGGUCAGCAAGCGGGAGCGUGCGUAAGGCGAACUCCUGGCAGUUACAGAGUCCAUCAAUAUGGCCAGCGCGGGCGUAGGUCUCCCGCGACGAGGGGUAGAAAGCGUCCCCAGCAGCAACCGACGUCCUUCCGGCUGCGCUCCCAACAGCUCAACGAGCUCGGCAUGUCGCACGCCAACCCCCGACACAAGCCCCUGCAGAAAGGGGCGUGGCGAUCCCAAAACCCGUUGGCCGCCAUGGCGCCCUCCGUGCGCCUUGAGCGACCCCAGUACACGCGACCACGUUGUUGUGAACGGUUAGUGAUAAAGAAGCUGAUAACGUCUAACCUAGUGGUAAGCAGUCCCACAAUGGCUGAGACAAGUUUUGCUCUGAACCAGCCGAAAGAUGAUCCGAUAAUCCAGAGAACAGCAGAUCCCUCUGGUAACGCUAUCGCAGUAGCAUCAAACAACGCCGGAAAUAUCUUGCAACCUAUAUCGACCACAACGUUUGUGGAGAAACCUUCAAUCAAAGACACACAGAUAAUGCACCAGUCCAAUACUUCUACAUCUCAGCCCGUCGACAAAGAUACACAAGUCUGUCCAACGGAAAACAAUAGUUUAACCCAUCAUGCUUCACUUGUCAAUGCAUGGGCGGCCAAUAAAUCUUCAAUACAAAACACGUCUGCUGAAGACCAUGUAGUGGCUCAAACAGCGCAAAGUUACACCUUACCUGAAAUAAGCACGUGGUCGUUUCCACUUCCUGAAAAGCAGCACGAUCAACGUUCUGAGAGUUCAGAAGAUGCUCAAAAGGCUUACAACAGAGAAGGCGAUACGCAACAGCCAGACAACAACCUGCAGCUAUUACGACAGUUGAAAACACAGGACGAACAUCUCCACGUGUCAGAACUUUACACGGACCCAUGUUUGCAAACCUUAGCACAAGCGUCGUUACAAGUAAAGCGACAGGGAUCUAACUUUGAAAUUCGUGACGAAAUUCUCGGGAAACGUUCUGAAGUGGGAAGACAUGUACACUACUAUAAACAUACACAAAUAAAACAACAGAAGCAGCAUGAUCAGCAGGAACCGAAACACAUUAUAAGUACAGACGCACAGGAAGUCGUAGGAACGGAACAGUUUCAAGCACGAUCAUAUGCUGCACAGAAACUCCUAGCAGGUGACGUGCUGCGAUUCCGAAAGCAUUUGUCAGCACUUGCAGAUGCCGUGCAUCAAAUACCGGUAAGCGCCUUGAGUGAAGACUGGCAGCUCCCCGACGCAACGCGAAAUAAACACUCCUCACCAAAUUGCGACGUUCAACAUCCCCCUUCACAGACAACGAGCACAUAUCACGGAAAUCCACAAAUGCAACCGCAACUGUUAAAAUCGAGCAGUAGACGGCUUGUAGUACCUCAACCUCAGAUCAUGCAACGGUCGACGACAAGCAUACGACCUUCCCGCAGCAGGCUGUCGCGAGGCAGUGACCAAUUUAAAAUGCAGAGGAAUCCUAGUACGAGUUCGAGACGCUCCGAUACAUCCAACGGAUCGAUCAGUCAUCGCGACAGAAAGCCUGAUGAAAAGGGAAUUCGAGUGAACAAGAAACUGAUGCCUCGCCGUGUUGUUAAAAACGUCGACGCGCACCGCAAGUACACGAAAAAGCUUCGCGAAAACCAUCCCCUCAAGGUUGUGUCAACGCACUCGCCACGAUGUAAGAUAAAAAUGCCCAACAGACCCCGAACCGUGACUCCCAAAGAUCCUCCGUCGCAGCCGUUAGUAUCAAUGGCUUCGCGGUCGAUGGACGUUCCACGUGCGAACGCAGCCUACUGCCAACAGAAGACCUUCGCUCCGGCGCUUGGAUGGAACGUGCCAAAGCCGCGAGUGUGUCACGUCCCGGUGGAGAACAGGGAUUCGCAUCUCGCCGUCGAAGCGAAAGAGCAACAGGUUCAACAGGUUCCACAGGACGCAACGCCGUCUGCAAGAGGCCAGCCCCCGGAGACAGUAAAUAGCCAACGUUCCGAGGUGCGAGAACGUCUGACAAUGGCUGUGUGUCGUGCACUGAGGCCUCUUACCUCGUUCCAACCGAUCAUAGAGGAGACGGUGCAGUGUGUGGAAGAACCUGCCCGUGACUCGAAGAACGAGUUGCGAAUUCGUUCAACUAAUGCGACUCAUCGUGAGGAAGGUAGCAAAGAAUCAGCAAUGAGGUCUCGUUCGGAACCUCAAGCAGAAGAUGCUCUGAACAGCUCGGCGUCAUUCUCCGACGAUUCGUUCACUGUGAAAUCGUUUUCAUUAAACUCGUUCUCUCCUAAUGGUUCGUCUGAGUGCUGCGAAUUGGAAGAGUUUGAUUCUGAACUUGAAUCAAAUAGUAUUGAGGAAGAAGAUUCGCACUUGUACAGUGGUUCCGGGACACCUCUCACCGAAUGUAGCUCCGAUUCCAGUGCAUGUUACUCACAGUCGAUGAAGAGGCUGCGGCGCCUCGCCACCACGCUGGCCAACGUGGCCGACGUGGCGGAGCUGCUGCAGCGGCACGCCGUCCUGGUGCACUGCAGCACCGUGCGCGACGCCCGCGGCGUGCCCUCCUUCGGCCCCACCACGCCGCUCUCCGCCAAGCAGUAA